UAUGAACAUAUGCUUUUGGGCUCCGACAUUAGAAGUGAUACAGCCCCACAGUAUUGUUGUAGAUAGUGCAUCGGUCAGACAUUACCACAGUCGCAUGCAAAGACCUCAGCUGCAAAAGCGAAGAGUCGAAAAUUGAAAAUUGAAAUUCUUUUAAAAGUUGGCCCAAGGCAAACAAAUGAUAGCAGCACGACUAGAGCACGAGCACGAGCACGGAGCAACGAAUGUAAUCAAUUGAUUCUGCAUGGAGAGUGGGACAAAACCAGUUUGAAUUUUGUAAAUUAGCUAGUUUCGUGGUCGUGUUUAUGGGUAGAAUAAUUAAAAACCCCGAAAAAACAAAGCAAACAGCAAAAGGAACACGUUAGUCGGUGAUCUGUCGCGAGUGUGUGGCUGUGGACCGGGCAAGCUCUGAACCCGAAACGCAAGCGGAAUCCGAGCGCCGUCCCAACUUCUAUAAAGAGCGUCUGUCAAAAUGCCGCGUUCGCAUUUCACUCGAAGGCAUUGUCUAGCGAUGACGGGCGGAUUAAUUGCAACGGGGCUGCUGAUCUGGUGUCUGGCACACUCCACGGUCGUAUCGGUAAAGCUUCACGACCCCGCCGCUGAUAAAUCUACGCUCGAGCUGCUGCAUGUGGUAUUCCGACAUGGACCACGAACGCCGGCGGAUACGUAUCCAAGGGAUCCGUAUGUAAAUGAGACCUACUAUCCGUACGGCUGGGGACAAAUAACAAAUAAUGGCAAACGCGAGCUGUUCAACAUUGGUACUUGGCUGCGUAAGCGUUAUGGCAAAUUUCUGGCGCCCCACUACAGUCCCGAUCUGGUGCACGCACAGGCGACGGGAGUGCCGCGCACCCACAUGACCAUGCAGACGGUUCUGGCCAGCUUCCUGCCCCCGAAGGGCACUGACAUGGAGUGGAAUAGCAAGUUUAAUUGGCAGCCCAUACCUGUCUUCUCGCAGGAGCUCAAUGAGGACACGCUUCUGCUCGUUCGAACGCCUUGUCCCCGAUAUUUCGAGGCUCUGAACGAGGUCUAUGACCUGCCAGAGGUCAAGCAGGAAGUGGCACCCUAUCUGGAUAUGUACAAGGAGCUGGAGUCGCAUACAGGUCUCAGUUUUAAGGAGCCUGAGGAUGUCCAAUCCCUGUAUCUGACGCUGCUGGCCGAACAGGAAUGGGGUCUGAUGCUGCCCGAGUGGACUAACGCGUAUUUCCCAGAGAAACUUCAGUUCCUCGCCGAGCAGAGCUAUGUGUACAAUGUGUAUACACCCGAGAUGCAGAAGAUCAAGGGCGGGCCCUUCCUCAAGAAGAUGUUCGGUGAAAUGCAGCAGAAACGGAAUGAGACCCUCAAGCCGAGUGGCCGAAAGAUGUUUAUCUACACAGGCCACGACUCGACGGUGGUGAACAUCCUGUCCGCCCUGAAGAUUUGGGAGCGUCAGCUGCCCCGCUACUCGUCAAUGGCUAUCUUCGAGCUGCACAAGAGCAAGGAGACCGGCGAGUACUGGGUGGAGAUCUAUUUCCGCAACGAUCCCAAAGCGCAGGCCCAGAAGCUGACCGUGCCCGGCUGCGAGUUCAAAUGUCCGCUGGACAAGUUGCAGCAGUUGGCCAGGGAUGUGGUGCCCACGGAGCUGGAUGACAAUCGGUGCGAGUCCCGCAACGAGGCAUUCACGGAGCCCCCGCUGCGAGGGCCGUAGAGGGAGUGAGAAUAGUUGAAAGAAUUACAGGUGCUACACAUCUCAGGAAGUAGGACAUGGACAUGCCAGUCCUGCCAAUAAGCCUCAAAUAACUACCUAAGUUAGUCGGUUAGCCUAGUUCUAAUAAUGUGUUAAGGUACAGAGUUCAGGUUUUUGUUUUUUUUUUG